AUGAUUAUCGGCGGUGUAAAUAUCGUCAAGCGCCAGAUUGUCCGCAACCUCAUCAACGCAACCCACCAACAACAACCCUGCGGAGUAGACCUAACCCUCCGCUGCAUAUCUCGAUGGACAACUCCCGCAACAAUUGAUUUUGACAACACUCACCGUCAAGGCGCCAAGACCUCCAUUCUACCAUUUUGCCCCAAAACCAACACCAUAACUCUCCAACCUGGCGCUUAUCUGGUUGACUUCAACGAGACUGUCAAGAUACCCAGAGAUUGUAUGGGAAGUGUGUUUCCGAGGUCGAGUCUCUGGAGGAGUGGUGUGAGUGUGUCGGCUGGCGUUGUGGAUGCUGGAUAUGAGGGUGCGAUGGGUGCGUUGUUGGAGGUGAAGAAUCCGUGUGGGGUUGUUUUGUAUAGGGAUGCGAAGUUGGCACAGAUCGUUGUGGAGCAGAUGGAAGGAGAAGUGGAAGGAUAUAAUGGAGUUUACCAGUCCUCGACCAGUAGUGUUGGGGUCGAUGGUGUCAAGAAGAUGUGA